CGAGGGCGGUGCCAUUUCUGAUUCUACGGUUCCUUCCAUUGAUUCUUCAGAAACGCUCAAUCCGACGAGGAAGCGGUGAAAGAAAAUGGUAGUCGAAGAGACGAUCAAAGCUACAACCGCAGAAGAUCUUUCUAAUUCCAUCGCAAAUCCAAACCCUAAGGGACGAGGCGGUGACGAAGAUGAGGAGCUUGAGGAAGGAGAGAUCGUCGGGGACGACGACCUCGACUCCUCCAAUUCUUCGGCGGCGAUAGUGCACCAGCCCCACCCUCUGGAGCACUCUUGGACCUUCUGGUUCGAUAACCCCUCUGCCAAGUCCAAGCAAGCCACUUGGGGUGCGUCUAUCCGGCCGAUCUAUACGUUCUCUACUGUUGAGGAGUUCUGGAGUGUUUACAACAAUAUUCACCAUCCAAGCAAAUUGGCARUGAGGGCAGAUUUGUACUGUUUUAAACAUAAAAUUGAGCCAAAAUGGGAGGAUCCUGUUUGUGCGAAUGGAGGGAAAUGGACUGUUAACUUUUCAAGGGGAAAAUCUGAUAAUGGAUGGCUGUACACGCUGCUUGCUAUGAUCGGAGAACAGUUUGAUUGUGGUGAUGAAAUUUGUGGAGCAGUUGUUAAUGUUAGAUCUGGGCAGGACAAGAUAUCGAUUUGGACAAAGAAUGCUUCGAACGAAGCUGCUCAGGCGAGCAUUGGAAAACAGUGGAAGGAGUUCCUUGAUUACAAUGACAGCAUCGGCUUUAUAUUCCACGAUGAUGCGAAGAAAUUCGACAGACAUGCGAAAAACCGAUAUUCAGUAUGAUCUGUGUAGGGUUUCUAGUGCAUAGCUUGGCAGGAGAGGAGGAUACUCGUCCUAGUUCUGCAUCAGCAUGUUAGGUUGAGCUGUGGCUUCUUCUUCUUGUUUCACCCCCACCCUCAACAAACACACCACCAAAAAGAAAAAAACAAUGUUUUCUGCGAUUAGGAAAAUUUUAUGUGAGAAUCGCCAUUGCCCAUUACAACACCUGAAUCCCAGAUUCUUGUUCUGUACCUGACAGUUCUAGCAUGAGAUGGAACGGGAUACUGCUCUUCUGUAAUCAAAUGAUAUUAGCUUGAACUGAAUGGAUAUUCGUUUCAUUUUUCUUUCUAA